CCCCAAGCCAAAAGAAUAGAACCCAUGGGAAACUACACGAAAACCACCCCUGCGGUAAAGAAAUAUAUCAUCAAAAUAAAUCAUGAAUGAUAAACAAGAAUCUCUUCAAUGAAAGGAUUUCCUCAAAAGAGAAUCCCACUGAAACCAAAUUCAGAUGAAUCAACAUUUUUUUAAUAAGAAAUUGCAAGAGGCAAUCCUCUUUUUGCCUGGUUGGAAAAGAAUGAAGUGAUGAGCAUUUGCCAAGUAAGAAGAUAUUUCUUGUUGGACUUGGAGGAUAUGUUUAAAUUGGGUUGUAGCCCAUUUUAAACCUUGAAGUGAUGAGCAUAUGCACGUUUUCAGCCCAAAAUCCACAUUAUUACAUAGGAUUAUUUUUCUCUGUUUUUCUUCCCCUUCUUAUUUACACACCGACUUGGAUCUAGUGAUCUACUCCAAUACACUUUGCUUCACUGACAGUUCAGUUGGUAGCUUAUUCUUCUUCUGUUUACUCCGUCACGACCACCGCCACCGCUACUCCGGCAACCGCCACCGCUUCGGAGAUCCCCGCUUCUUCCGCCGCCAAUUACAGUUGUCGGACUGAUUGGUCUCCCAAAUACACAGUGAAUUUCGUGGCGUUCGUUUAAGAAGUCCGUGAAUUCAUGUUUGUAUGUAGUGAAAAGGAGUGAAAAAAGAUUGGAGGAAAGCUAAAUUAGGGUAAUGAACUCUAAUGAAGCUCUUAAGAUCAACGUUUGCUUUAGCUUUGGUUUCUGGUUUUGCGGCAAUUUUCAUCUACAUUUACGGCGUCUCCUUCCAAGAUGGAUCAAUUCCUCUAUCCAAUGACGAUGUGGAGGCUUUGAAGAAAUUGCAGACUACAUUUCGGAAAUGUGUGAGUGCAAAUGGACUGGGAUUAGAAGCUCUCAGUAGGGAUUAUUGUGAUGUCACUCUAAAAUUUCCGGCAGAUACAAUCCCCAAAUGGAAAGAUCCAAAAACUGGGGAACUUGAAGGCUUGUCAUUUGAGUUUAAUUUAUGUGAAGCUGUGGCUACAUGGGAACAGGUGAGGAAUAGUACCACAAUCCUUGCAAAGGAGUUCAUUGAUGCUUUACCAAGCGGAUGGGAGGAGUAUGCUUGGCGGAGAAUAAAUAAAGGAAUACUUCUGAACCGCUGUGAAAAUCGAACUCUAUGCAUGGAGAAACUUUCCUUGGUACUCCCAGAUAGACCACCCUAUGUUCCCAGGCAGUUUGACAGAUGUGCUGUUAUUGGUAACUCAGGAGAUCUACUGAAGACCAGAUUUGGCAAGGAAAUAGAUAGUUAUGAUGUUGUUGUGAGGGAGAAUGGGGCACCAAUUCAGAAUUAUACCGAGUAUGUUGGUACCAAGAGUACAUUUCGCCUUCUAAAUAGGGGCUCUGCCAAAGCACUUGAUAAAGUAGCUGAGCUAUAUGAUAGAGGAAAGGAGGUCCUUUUAGUCAAAACAACAAUUCAUGACAUCAUGAACAAAAUGAUUAAGGAAGUCCCAAUUCUCAAUCCUGUGUAUCUCAUGUUGGGUGCGUCAUUUGGUUCAGCAGCCAAAGGAACUGGGCUAAAAGCUCUUGAAUUUGCCCUCUCCAUCUGUGAAACUGUGGAUAUGUAUGGUUUUACUGUAGAUCCAGGUUAUAAAGAAUGGACAAGAUAUUUCUCUGAGUCUCGGCAGGGUCAUACUCCAUUACAUGGCAGGGCUUACUACCAAAUGAUGGAGUGUCUAGGACUUAUAAAAAUCCAUUCUCCAAUGCGUGCUGAUCAAAAUCGAGCUGUGAAGUUUGUUCCAGACAGGAACUUAAUAAGGUCUUCCAGGAUUGCAUCAGAAAAAUUGUUGAGGAGGACUGGAGCAGGAUCUGAGGAUCCUCUAGCUGCAUGUUCCAUUAAGAAGAAAAUAUCAGGGAAAACUAAAGUGGCACCAAAGUUAAGAAGUGCAGCUAUUGAGCAUCAAAAAUACGUUAAAGGUACAACGAUGUAUCCUUUGGAACAUAAUCCAGGACAUGGCCUACUCUGCACAGUUCCAGCACAUUGAAUGACACUACACAGAAUGAUUUCCCAGAAAGGCCCAGAAAGGCAUCGACAUUGCAGAAGGGAGAAUCAAUUUUAUUUUUGUAUCUAUAGUAUGUUAUAGUGCAAUUUUCUUAUUAAAAAAAAUAAUAAUAUAGAUAAUAGGAACCUUUUGGUUCAAGAACUAAUUUAGUCCAGAUUUUGUAGUCCGUGUGUCUCACUUCACUCACUAAUUGGAAAAGAGGUCCGUACUUUAUUUUGAUAGGUGACAUUUCUAACUCCAGAAUAUAAUUUCUGAGAAAAUUAUAUUUCGAAGUGGAAAUCAAAGAUAGUUGAUGGCGAAGUUUUAUUUAUUUUUAUAAUUUACUAUUUUCAUCAUGGAUUUCCUAAGUGCAGUAUCGUCAUCAGUCCAUUGUCAUCUUUGUUUUGGCUAGAAAUGUUACCGAAACAAGGUCCAUGAAAGUGGCAGCAGGCUUAUUAUGUGUAAAAGAUAAAAAGAAAACUAACUGUAUUUAUUAUCUGUUUUCAAAAAAUAUUGAUUUUGUGUCCUGAAGCGUUUUGACUUAU